GGGAAGGAGGGAAGAGAGUGGCAGAGGUGGACAAAUAUCAGACAGCAGGGAGAGGGACUAGCUAGUGGUGAGAGUGAACAAGGAGGUACUUGUGACCCGCCAUGGAUCCACGAGGCCCAGUGACAAGACCGAAAGCAGGACAAUGCAUAAUGGGAGGACACGCUGGAAAACACAUUGGCAGUUUCUUAUAGUCAAACGUAUACCUGCUAUAUGACCCAGCAAUCCCUCUUGUGGUAUUUACUACGUAGAGAAAUGAAAACUUCCAAUCACACAAAAAUCUGUAGGUAAAUGUCUAUCUAUACUGUCUUUAUUCAUAACCUCUAAAAACUGGAAACAACCCAAAACGACAGCAGGUGAGUGGAUCAACACACUGUGAUACAUCAGACAAUGGGACACUCUCUGGCCCUAAAAAGGAAUGCACUAUUGAUACAUGUGACAACCUUGAUGAAUCCCAAAUGCAUCAGACUUGAAAGGCUUCAUACUGUAUGAUUCUAUUUAUAUGAACAUUCCAGGAGAGGCAGGGACAGAAAACAGAGCAGUGGAUGCCAGGUUGACUACAAAGGGACACAAAAUAAUUUGGGGAGAUGAUAGAAAAGUUCUGUAGCCUGACUGUGGUGGUGGUCGUAUGAGAUUUGUCAGAACUCGAAAAGGAAGAAAAAGGGUCAAUUUUACUGUAUGUAAAUUAUACCUCAGACAAAACAGAAAAAGUAACAAGGACAGAAGACAGGAGAGCCUGGGAGUGGGAAGGAAGGUAGAGGGAAAGCAAGCCAGUAGGGGAAGAGGGCCUUGAGUUGGGAGGGAGCCUGCAGAGGGUGGGGAGGACGCCCCUCCCUCACGCCCCGUUUUAGCCUGGUGAGGGGUGUGGUCUCUGGAAGCUGUCAUCGGGGUAUGCCAGGACCCCAGGGUUCGAGUCCCCACUAAGGGCCUGACCAGAGCCCCGCCUCAGGGAAUGCCCGCCCCGCUCCAGGCUCAGCUGCUCCAGGCUCAGUUACGUUACCCGGAUACUGGGGGGAAGGUAUUUCCUGCCUAGAUGUCUUGGCGGCUCCCACUGCCAUGGAGACCAGCGUGGGAUCUGGCCCGGCGAGCUGCGGAAGAGGCCAGGGGUCUUGGGCUAGCUGCAGGGGCUGUUUUCGGGCUGGUGGAGCAGAACCCCAGAGGUGGCUGAGCAGGGGCCUGGGCCUGGGAUCACCCGCUCAUCCGUCCUCACACAUACACAUCUCCCCACGGGGCCCCACCCCGGAGUAGGCGCUUCCUGAUUUGCGGGGGUCCGGGGACAAAGCCCACCACAUCUGUCUCCUCCCCGCUGAAGCCAUGUUUAUCACGGUGCUGUUUGGAGCCGGCUGCUGGGAGCUGGUGAACCCCCGGUGCAGCCUGGUGACCCUCACCGCCCACCUGAGGCAAAGGGGGCGGGUACCCUCAGAUGCGACCAUAGCUCUCCUGGCUGAGGACGGGCACCUGGUGAGCCUGGGUGAAGGCCUGGAGGAGGGAACUUCCCCAGCCUCCUCCAUGGGAAGUCCCCUGCUGCAGGAGCGAAGGACCUAUGUCCUUGUGCAGAUCAUCAAGGGGGAGGGCGGGGCCCCUGACCGCUAUGAGUCCUUACUGGAGAACUUGGAUGACCAGUGUCCGGAGCUGGCAGAGGAGUUACGCUGGCUGUCAGGCCUCCCCACAACUGGCAACAGCUGGAGACGGCGCAUGGGCACUCGGCGUGGCCACCGGGAGCAAGGCCCCCCUUCAAGACCCCGAAGGAUGGGCUCCUUGCUGCCCAGGUGCCAGGUGAAGCAUCCCACACCACAGUGAGACACCCAUCCAUCUCCCCAACCCCACUUGAGCAGCCAGGGUGCUCCUGGCAGGCAGGCCAGCUAGAGGGGACACGGCAGGCUGUGGUC